CCAGCCCCGAGCUUUUCCCCGUCCCCCGCGCCCAGGUUCUUCGGCCCCCGGCCCAGGCUCCGGCGGAGGCGGGGGCUGGGGGCGUCCAGGAGUGCACCCGAGCAUCCCUGGGGCCCGAAGGGUCAGUCAAGCAGAACACAUUUCUGCAUUGGGCAUGAUGAAAUGGAAAACAUACACACACAUAUGAAUCUGCAUUCUCAAGUCUUUCACCUCUCAAUCAUAAGUUCUGGUUUUUCCUGAGAAAUUGAGGCUCUUCAUGAAAACAUAACAGAUGAAAAGACUUGAAAUGGGAAUGAAAAUGCAUAACCAAGAAGAAAUAGCUGUUCUCCGUUGUUGGAAAUGUAGAAAAUGUGUAGCAAAUUCCAAUUGUUUCACAAACUGUAUUGGAAAACAGUUGUCAGAGAAUGGUCAUGAAUUAGCUGCUACACCUCAGAAUAUUUGUAAUGUGUGGCACAUGAAUAUAGAAGCCCUUCCAGAAUGGAUGAAUUAUGCAUUAGAAAAGGCACAGUGGACAAUUGGAAAACUGAAUUGCCCAUUUUGCAGGACCCGUUUGGGAGGCUUUAACUUCAUCAGAAGCCCAAAAUGUUCCUGUGGCCAAUUUGUAGCUGUACGUCUUUGCAAGAGCAGGACAGAUUACCAGCCUGUUCAUUUAAUCAGACUAACAAGACCAUCAGUAAAAUACUUGUCGUUUUAUAGAAUUCCUUCAGGCCCUGACAAGGAAAAUACAGUCAAAAAUACAGGUGUUGCCCGGGAGAACAGAAAUCAAGGGCUUUUAAACAUGGCCCAAAAUAAUAAUGUUCCCGGAAGAUUAACUGAAGCUCUUUGCCUGGAGGUGCGAUCAACCAAUUUUGAGACGAAGAGUAAAAAACUGCACUUGAAAGCAUCUAAUCCAAAAUACUGUCUUUUUGUUCCCCAGUCUGUGAAUGAGAGAUGCAGUAUAAGAGCUUUUCAUAGAAAAUCACAUAGUUUGGAUCUGAACAUCAGAGAGAAACUGGCCUUAUUGCCUACUUUAUAUGAAGCACAUGGUAAGAUUCCUGCCUGUAACAGGCUAAAUGAAACGCAGCCUUUUGACCCUCAUGGCUUAUAUGUAGGUUCUAGUAAAAAUAGAUGUUCCCCUCCGGAAUCAUCCGGUUUUGAUGGUAAUGGGCUACUGCAACGAUUUUCAGUGCCUUCCUGUAAUACUCUAAGACAAAGAGAAGAAGAAUUUCAGUGUGGUUUAGAGGCUUCCAUCAUACAUUCUCACCAUAAUACUAUUGAUGAACUGCCUUUCCGGAUGGACUUUCCUGUAGCUGUCAGUGGUGUGGAUGAGCCUGGUGACCAGGAGGAAGGCAUCUCAUCUAUUGGUUUCUUACAAUCUGCCGGUUUCUCCUUGGGUGCCAUUAACCAAAGGCUAAGCAAGAGAGAGAGAAACAAGUUAAAGAAUCUGAGAAGGAAGCAACGAAGACAUCAAAGAUGGCUCCAGAAACAGACUUUGAAUAAUGAUGUGAGUACAGAUGACGACAAUGAAUGUACAGAAGAAAAGGAAAGCUACAUCUGUGCCGUGUGUCUGGAUGUUUAUUUCAACCCAUACAUGUGCUAUCCUUGCCACCACAUCUUCUGUGAACCUUGCCUCCGGACCCUGGCCAAAGACAACCCGACAAGCACACCCUGUCCAUUGUGUCGAACAAUCAUUUCUAGAGUCUUUUUCCAGACAGACCUGAACAAUGCUACAAAAACAUUCUUUACUAAGGAAUACUUGAAAAUAAAGCAAAGCUUCCAGAAAUCCAAUUCAGCAAAAUGGCCCCUACCAAGCUGCAGAAAAGCAUUUCAUCUCUUUGGAGGUUUCCGCAGACGGGCAGAUCCGGUGACGAGGAGGCAGUUUCCGCACGGGGCUCACAGGAUGGAUUAUAUGCACUUUGAAGAUGACAGCCGGGCGUGGUGGUUUGACAUGGACAUGGUUAUCAUCUAUAUCUAUUCAGUGAACUGGGUCAUUGGAUUCAUUGUUUUCUGCUUUCUUUGCUAUUUUUUCUUUCCGUUUUAGGAAUUUCUACAUCUUAAUAAAGGUGAACGAUGCUAUGAAGCCUUGAGUCUGUAAAUAGCAGUGACUUAAAGAAAAUAAGCCUUUUCUAAAGUUUUCUGAAGUUUUUAUAGGUUACAGAAUAUUGAAUUAUUUGCUCUACAAAAGCUGGGACUAAGAAACUUCUCUGUUGAUGUUUCUCAUGUAGACACCAAUACACUAGUUGAGAUUAUUUAACGCAAGAUCAAGCCUAUCCACUAUAUAGCACAGCAUUGUGAGUCCUCCGAUGGGUUUUAAGAGUAUUUUGUUUGCAUUUUUGUAGUUUUUAAUCUCAGUCUUUCAUUUGAAAAGAUGCUUCUCCUUUAAAAAAUAAAAUCGGUUCACAACACGGAAGCAUUUAUCUAGAGAGAGAAUAUUCUUGAUCAUUUGAACACACACGUAGGCCCACGAGUCUGUUCCUGUUUAUGCUUAGACAAAUCAUCUGCCUUGAUGAGAAGCCGCACUCCAUAGAAAGGAACCAGGAAGAAUGACUUGUCCGAAACCAAGUUAUUCCCCUCAUUAACAUGGAUAACUGGAAGCCUGCUUUGUGCAGCUUCAGCAAGAGCUUCCUUUGGGCUCUUUUUCAUAUGAUUAUUUCUAGCAGCAAAGGGACAAGCAGGGGACAUUGAGAACAGUGCCUGCCAAUGAGAAGGAAGGAAAGGCUUCCCUCUAGGAACUGUGUCCCAACUGCCAGCUACAGCUUUGCUACCUGAAGAAAUCAUUCAUUGACGCAGCGGGCUUCAGUACCCGUUAAAGAGGGGACGCGUGGCCCCGAUGGAUUUACUUUCGUCAUUAGCUUUAUUGGGGGAGUGCAGUCACGUAUGGUGUGGCCAUGCCAUAAAAAGGGGUCGCUUAUUCAGUGAUGGGCCGACUUCCUGGGACAGGAACUCCUUUGAAGCCAACAGUGGAGAUGGAUUGUCCUUCUUUAAAUGGUGGCAUUUUUACAGGUCCAAAAAACUUAAAAAUGUUCUCUGGCUGUGGGCAGAUUUGAAUGAGGCGUCCUGAGAAAGCCUAAAAUCCUGAAGCCUGGAGAAAGCUUGCACAUCCCAAGUCCCACCACCGGCGCUUGUCCGAGAAAGGGCUCCUUCCUGGGUUUUGUGUCUGCAGUAGUUCAGUAGGACAAUUCUGUGGUGGGUAGACGAGAGAAACCGUCAAGCCCCAAAACGCGGAAGGUGUUAAAGCUGUGUUUAAAUCUGCCUUCGCAAGAGACACCGAAAAAGAGAGUUUAAGGAGGCAUUCUAAGGAAGAGCUCCCGCAUCUGGAUGUCCUUUACUCCGUGUCUCUGUCCAAGCCCCCUUUUCUUCAGGAUAUGAUUGCGAUAACUACAUUUUAGCUCCACUGCCCACUCCUCAACAUGGCUUGUAUGAAUAUUUGAUGUUUUAACAUGUCCUACACAUUUAAUUUUGACAUUAGUGUUUUGACUGUAGAGAUGAGGCAGCGUGUUAGAGUGAUUAGAGUGCUAGGCACAGAGGAAACAAACCCGGGUUCAUAUCCUGCCUCGAACCCAAGUUUGGUUGGUCCUAGUCAAGGCACUUAACCUGUGUGCCUCAGGCGACUUCUAGGACUUCAAUACUAAGUCAUAAACUUUCUGAUCUUCAGGCGGGGAGGGAUUUCCCACGCUGAAUGUUCUCCACCCUGAAAAAAUCACACAUACUUCAUAUAUGAUUUUGUAGAUAUGUAUAAGCAUAAUUAAUGUAUACUGAAUACUAAUAUUACAUGGCACUUUUUCUCCCUAAUGCAUUUUUCACAUCUUUAGCUCGUUUUCUCCUUGUACCAUCUGUAUAUAAUGCAGAAAUGGCAGAGGAAACCAAGGAAUGAAGAAAACUCUCAUGACUUGUGCAGAGUCACACGUAGCAAGCCUGUGAUGAAACUGCUGAAUGUUCAAACUACCCGACUUUCAUCAUAAUGCUCUUUCAAUUAGAUCAAACUUGAUUAUAAAAGUACUGAAAAAGUAAAUCUCAAUUUUAUUGUAUUCCAAGAAUUGGAAUUUUAUCUUUUAUUCAUAAAAAUAUAUCUAUAAUAGGCUCCUGAAGAACACUGAUUAUUUUUAUUUGGUAAACUUUUUAUUGGUGCUUAUCUAAGUCUUUGAAAUACUUUAAAAUAUUAGACAUUUUUUAAAAAAUAAGUGGCAUUUAGCUAACUAAGCAACAUGAUUUUUUGAGAAUAAAUCAUGUUCUAGAAUGAGACUGAUUAAAAAACAACUGUGCCUCAGGAAAAGACUUCCUAUUGGCAGUCAUUAUAGGACCUUGGGCAAUGCAGUUGGUGUCUUUCAGCCUUGGUUUCCUCACCUAUAAAAUGAGAGUGGCAAAUUGCAAAAAUGUCAGUUCUGUAAUGCACUUUUGAGUCUAACAAUUUGUGUAAAUAAAUGAUUAGAACAUA